AUGAAAAAAACACACGAUAAUAUAGAAAAUGAUAACUCGAUUUAUGUAUAUGGAAAGAUAUAUGAUAUAAUAGAACAACUAAACAAUUAUGAAUUAAAAUGUUUCAUAAAUAAUGAAAAAGAUGUAGACCUGUGCAAGGAUUUUAAAUACAAGAAAAAGAAAAAGAUAAAUUUCAUAUCAACGUUAGAUUAUUAUGCAAAUUUUAAAAAUAAGCAGUAUGAAUUUUAUAUUGUGCCAAUAAUAUUUGACAAGGAAUAUGAAAUAUUGUAUAUAGGUGUUUCCAUAUUUUUCAAGGAAAAUUUUUGGGAGGAGUACAAAAAGUGCAAUUACAAUUAUAUAGAAUUAUCUAUAUAUAAUUUAGACGUAAGUAAUUCUAAUCUUUACACAAAUAAUAUAGUAUCAUCUCCUAAUAGUAGAACAUACUUUUUAAAUUUUCUCAUCAAUAUUAAAGAUUUAAAAAAUGAUGCACAUGUAAUUGGUAGAUAUUCGGACGACUGUAGCGAUAAGCAUGUUCACGCGAAAAAUGGCAUCUAUGUUGUGGAAAGUAAAAACGACAAGCAGCUGAUGUAUUCACAAGGGGAUUAUAUCUUGAGGACGCAUAAGUUCAACACAUUGUAUAAUGGUAGAAGUAACUACACCAGUAAUGUGGACUAUAAUAACUGUAAUAGCAUCAGUUAUAACAACGAUGUGGACAAUAAUGAUGAAAGUAGCUGCACGACGAUACGCGGUCGUGACAAGGGAUACAGUUUAAGCAUAGAUAGAGGAAGUCUAGACACACCCGCACACUUUACUCGUAGUAUCAGUGGAAACAGAAAUAACGUUGCGACAGUAUGGAAAAAUUAUAGUUAUCAUAGCGAUUGUAAUGUACGCAGUGAGUGUAGGUACGUUAGUUUGGAGUAUGAUAGAUAUGGUAAUUAUUUGAAAAAUAAUGGAAAUAAGAGAGAAGAGGAAAAAGAAUCAGAAGAGAAAAUGGAAGAAAAAGAGAAGGAGAAAGCGAAAGAGAAAGGGGAGAAAGAGGAGAAAGCGGAAGAAAAAGAGGAGAAAGCGGAAGAAAAGGAGGAGAAAACGGAAGAAAAGGAGGAGAAAGCGGAAGAAAAAGAGGAGAAAGCGGAAGAAAAGGAGGAGAAAACGGAAGAAAAGGAGGAGAAAGCGGAAGAAAAAGAGAAGGAGGAAGAGGAAAAAUCUAACAAUGUGAAAAAACAGUAUAGUGUAAAUGCAGAGGAUCCCCAAAUAUAUUACCCCGUUAAUAGUGAAAAAUAUAAUAGCAGUUUCGCAUAUACAAUUAACGAAAAAAAUAGCAACGAGGACAUAAAAAGAAAUAGUUUUUCAAAAGAUGGUUUAGAAAUAAAUAAAAAAGAGACCUAUUACAGAAAUGUAUGCAAAACAAAUGAGGUUGAGGAGGACCAUUUUACAUUUGAUAAGACACACGAUAGGGAAAUUAUGAAUUACGAAUAUUCUUACCAUAAGAUGGAAAACGAAAUGGUCUAUGUAAAUGCAAAAAGAAGAAGUGGUGAUAUACAUAUAUCAGCAGUACCUGAAGGGGAUAAACCAUUUAUUAGCAACAGUGUAAGUUAUGAGAAGAAUGUAUAUAUAUCAUCAGAAAGAGGUAAUCAAAUAGGAGAAAGUAAACAUACAGAUGUACACAUUGAAGAGAAAAAGAAUACAGAGAUAGAUUAUUUAAGUAGUAAGUCAAUGAGUUUUACUAAAGAGGAGGAAACAGUGUGCUUUAGUCAAAACGAGCAUAUAAUAAAAGAUGAUAAAAAUGUUCAUAUAAAGCAAAGCACAGAUUAUAGAAGGGACUUGUAUAGUACUAAGGACAAUUGCAAUUUUAGUAGUAUUAACAGUAUGAAUAGCAGAUCAUGUAAAAUUUAUGAAAAGGACGGAAAGAGUAACGAAAAUGAAACAUUUACCAAUUUCAAGUCAGGAUUUUUUACGUCCAAAGGAAACAGAACAUAUAAUGAGGACCGAGUGAUAACUAUAGAAAAUAUAAACGAUUUUAUAAACAAAGAAUACAGGGAGGUAGUUAAUGAGAGUAAUAUAAACAAUAACGAUAGAAAUUUGAACACAAGUAAAAAUGGGAGCACGAAUCGUAGUGCUACUUGUGGCAGUAAUAGUGGUAACAGUAACAAUAAUAACUCUAUUGAUGAACUGUUUGACAAAGAAUACUACGAUAUGCUGUAUAAAGUGCAGAAUGCAGAGACCUCCCCCCCAUACUAUAUGUACUGUGCUAUAUAUGAUGGUCAUAAUGGGGAGAAAGCAGUAAAUAUUAUAAAAAAAUUAUUGCAUGUACACGUUUAUUCGUAUUUUAUAAAAGGUAAUGGUAUAUGUAAUUCACUAAAAUACGCUUUUGAGUCUAUGGAUGAACAUUUAUGUAAAAAGACUAUUAAUAAUGAAGAAGAUAAUCAUUCGAAUUUUUCGAGUGGUAGUACUGCUUGUGUUAGUAUCAUAUUUAAGAAUGUGUUAUAUAUUGCAAAUAUAGGUGAUAGUAGAAGUGUUUUAAGCAAGAAUGGUAGGGCUGUUGUAGUAACAGUAGAUCAUAGAGCAAGUGCAAAUAAAAAAGAAGAAGAGCGUAUUAUAAAAUCAGGAGGUAUAUUAGAUGAUGAAGGUUACCUAGGAGGUUGUCUAGGAGUAUGUAGAGGCUUUGGUUCAUUUGACAAAAAGACGAAAGAAAAAUUAAAAGGAUUAGUUUGUGAACCAGAUUUAUUUCAAAUCAAAUUAACUGAUGAUGAUGAAUUUUUAAUAAUUUGUUGUGAUGGGAUUUUCGAUGUUAUGACUUCUCAGGAAGCAGUUAAUACAGUUCGUACGUCUUUGGUCGAAAGUACAAGUCCAGAUGUCGCUGCAGAAGCGCUAUGUCAACUAGCGUAUAAGAGAAAGUCCUUAGACAACCUAUCAGUUGUCGUUAUAACAUUUCAAAACCCCGAAUCAAAGAAAAAAACAAGAGCUAAUGAAAACGCAAAUUUGUAUGCGGGUCAGGCGGGACGUGUCAGGAGGAGAAUAAAAUUUUCUGCCUUAAAAAAUUUAAUAGGCCCAUGA